CUCUCUCAGAAAAAAGAACCGCCCCGAAUACUUUUCCAGUUAACAAUGCUCAAUUCUUUUAUUGGUACGCUGAAGGUUGCUUCCUCUCUUCCCCGCCUCCCUCUCCGACGGUACAGUUUUUGUUUGAGCACAAUGACAACACCUUCUUGCCCGGAAUUUAAACCCGUGGAACACAGUGGAAUUGCUUCAAUAAGUAAACCUGAUGGCUUCAAAUUCCGACUUGUUUCUUACAACAUUUUGGCACAGGCAUAUGCAAAGAGUGAGCAGUUUCCACAUUCUCCCUCUCCUUGUCGCAAGUGGAAAACUCGUUCCCAGGCAAUUUUGAACCUUCUCAAGGGCCUGGAGGCAGAUUUCCUUUGCUUGCAGGAAGUGGACGAGUAUGAUAGCUUUUACAAAGGAAAUUUGGAGAGCCAUGGCUAUGCAAGUGUCUAUAUUCGGAGAAGCAGGAAAAAGCCUGAUGGUUGUGGAAUCUUUUAUAAGCACAAGAAUGUAGAGUUGAUCUUAGAGGAGAAAAUUGAAUACAAUGAUCUUGUAAUCUCCGUCCAAGAUGAAACAACUGCACCUUUGGACACUGAUAAUGAUGCACUAGCUGUUGGAAAUGAAGAUACUGAACAACAAGAUGGUCUGACACAGAAAGACAAUGAUGGGCAUUGUGGAGAUCCCAAUGAUCCUCGAGUAAGACUGAAACGUGAUUGUGUUGGUAUCAUGGCAGCCUUUAAACUUAAGGAUCCUUCUCAGCACGUGGUCAUUGUAGCAAACACCCACCUUUAUUGGGAUCCAAAUUGGGCUGAUGUAAAGCUUGCACAGGCUAAAUACCUUUUGGCACGGUUGGCCCAAUUCAAAAUCCUGGUAUCACACAAAUUUGAAUGCAGUCCUUCUGUAAUUGUUGGUGGCGACUUCAAUUCUACCCCUGGAGAUAAGGUUUAUCAAUACCUUACUUCAGGCAGCUCUCCAAUGGGGUCAUCUGUCGAACUUUUCGAAGAUCUACCUAUUCCAAUGUGUAGUUUCUAUGCACAUACAAGGGGAGAACCACCAUUCACUAACUGCACCCCUGAUUUUACUGAUACUCUCGAUUACAUAUUGUUCUCUCCGUCUGAUGCUAUUAGACCGGUCAGUUACCUUGAACUCCCAGAACCAGAAUCCCCUGAUGUAAUUGGUGGAUUACCAAAUUACCAUCACCCGAGUGACCAUCUGCCGAUUGGUGCUGAAUUUGAAGUUCUCUGAAAUUAGAAAAUCUGACUAUAGUUUUCAGGUUUCAGCAUCAGACUUUAGAUAAGCUGGGGGAGAAAAGCUCUAUCUAUUUUAAAAGCUGGGUUUUAGAUGUUAUUCAUGUUUAGUUGUUAUACAUACAAUCUACAAGUGGAACCAAACGGGCUGAACAGAGUUGCUUAAUAUGUAAACAAUAAAAAUAAAAAUAACCGAUGUAGAUUAUUUGAAGAUGUAUUUUCAUGUAAUUUUCUGACAAUGAUCUAUACCUCCCUUGACCGAGGAAUGUGGUCCUGAAAUUCAUGUUGACAUCUAUAGGUCUUAUGUUGGUAUUUGCCAUCCAAAAUCCCGUAUAUGAUUUACGAAAUCCCCUUUGGCCUCUAUAAAAACCAUGCAUUAGGACAUUUCUCAGCGUUCUCCACCAAUUUAGCUUCCCUUGGGCACACUCACUCUCAUGGCCACCCAACUUGUAGCCCUAGCCAAAUUCCGGAAGCUUAUGAACAAAAAAAGUGUCAUGCAAGAGGCAUCUUAUGGAGAGAGAGGGAACACUCUUUCUCCCUCUCAAUGUGCCUUAUCACAUUGUCAAUGGAUUGAAAAUCGUAGAUCAUUCAAAGGUGGUUCAGUGUUCUCGGUAGGCGUGCCGCAGAGGGAGAGAAGCCAAUGGAAGGUAAGUUCCAAAAACGAAGGCGAGGGGAGCAGAAACGGGUUCUCCAAGGAUCUGGGUUAUUGUUUCUGGAGUUUUCUGUUAAUUAUGUCCUGAAUAAGGCAAAAGCGCUAUACCACAACUUUUGUGCGGGUUUUAACCAUCCAAGAAUGGAAAUCGAAACCUCCUUGGUUGAUGCAUAUUUCUCUAUCCCGGUUGCUUCUGCAACAACCAGUACUGUUCCUUAUGCUGUUUAAUUGGUUAGGAGCGAGGGGGUGAUUUACAUGUAGCUAUUUAUUUUGAAUAAAGCUUUGCGCAAUCUUACUUUAUUUUCAGUUGGAAAAUAAACUUCAUGCUGGAAAUCGAAGAUAAAUUUUCU